AUGGCGACCCGCCCGCCGUGGCUGUGGCCGUGGCUGUGGCUGUGCCUGGCCGGGCUGCUGAGCCUGAGGGUGGCCCGUGCCCUGCCCCUGCUCCCCGACCCGCGGGACUCGGUGCUGGCCGCGGCCUUGCAGCGCCUUCGGGAGGUCUUCGACAUCGAGGAGCUGCCGCCCGACGUGCUGCCCCGCAAGAAGCCGCCCCAGUUCAUGGUGGAUCUCUUCAACAAGGUGGCCGACGCCAACGGCAUCACCCGCGCCCCGGGGCUGCUGCAGGGAGACGUGGUGCGCAGCUUCGAGGACCGAGUUCACGUGGACCACCACCACUUCUACUUCGACAUCAGCGCGAUGGAGAAGAGCGAGCAGAUGCUGAAAGCCGAGUUCAGGGUCUUCAAGCUUAAGAGGACGCAUCGGUCCAGAAGGUCCUACACGCAACACUUCUGCAAAGUGGAAGUGUAUGAGCUCUUGGAGAGUGAAAAUAAGCCACAGAAAAAACAUCUCAUUGCAUCAAGAUUAUUGUCCCUCCAUACAGAAGGCUGGGAAGUCUUCAAUGUCACACAGACAGUUUCCAAGUGGGUUGAAAACAGCAGCUCCAACCAUGGCUUUUGGAUAACUGCAACACAUGUUUCCAAGAAUGGAAUGGAACACGACGUGGUUACAUUUGCCAAGAGCCACGGCACUUUGCAGGAGAGCAGAAAUGCUCUCCUGGUUCUCUUCACGAACAGCAACAAGCGGAGGUCUCACAGCUUAGUACCCUUUGCUGCAAAAUCAGAAACUGAUGAAUAUGAUGCUUCACGUGUUUCUCAUGGCACUGCUGUCAUGGAAAGCAGCAGUGCCAGCAUGAGCAGGAGACCCCGAGCUGCCGCAGCCGCUGCUGCCAGAAGCCCCUUAGCAGCAUGUCACCGAAGGGAGCUCUAUGUAGACUUCCAUGCUAUUGGCUGGUCAAAAUGGAUUAUUCACCCAAAUGGAUACAAUGCAUAUUAUUGCAGAGGAUCCUGCAUCUUCCCUUUGGGGGGAAGUCUAAAUGCAACAAACCAUGCUACAGUUCAGUCCAUUGUUUAUACACUGAAAUUGUCUCAAGAUGUCAGCAUGCCCUGCUGUGUGCCAGAUGAAUUGAAGUCCCUCAAUCUUCUCUACUUUGAUGACAAACUGAAUUCUGUCCUUAAAAAUUAUAAAGACAUGGUGGCAACAAGCUGUGGCUGUCAUUAG